CCGAAGUGGGCACACUUGAAUAGAGGAAACUCGUCGCGUGGAAUAUGAAUCAGAAGUUCCACUGAGAGUUUAUUAGAGUGUUGCCACCGAUUAGCAAUAUCGGCAUGAAAUAACGAACGAAAGAAAUGCUAAAGUUGGGCCACGUUCUCAUUAUUUAAAUUAGAAUUCAAACUAAAAUAUGUAAUAUUUUGACAUCACAGGGUUGGUACGUUGUUCAACUUCGAUUGGCUAAUCUGAAUCCUCGCUAAGCAAUUGUUUAUAAGAACGGAAAUUAUAAAAUUGUUUCUACUCUUGCUGUCGACAGCUGCUGCAUGUUGCUAUCUCGUUAUUUAACGGUAUCAUACACUAAUCGUCGCGUUCAGCUGCCUUGCUUCAUUGUGCCGUCCAUAUUUCAGAUUCAGAUAGAGAAUAAAGAAGUAAUAACGGACGGCCAUUAAGUUCUAUGAUCAUGCCUGACGAACUCGCAGUUAAAAAGCUCCCUGCUUUAAGAGCCCCUCACGUGCAUAUGAAAAAUAUUGAUCAAGUUGCACGAAUAAUAAAUAAGAUCAUUCAGGAUGGCAGUGAGAAAUUACAAAUUGUAACAGACUUUGACCUUACAUUGACAAAGCAACAUGUUAAUGGAAAACAAGUCUUAUCCAGUUUUGGUAUAUUUGGAAAGUGCAAGCAAUUAUCAUCUACUUUCACUGAAGAAAGCAGAAGACUUUAUCAUAAAUACAGGCCAAUUGAGAUUGAUCCAAAUAUACCUCUUGAGAGUAAAGUGAAAGCCAUGGAGGAAUGGACAGCAUUGGCACGAGAUAUGCUAUCAGGUUUUGAAUUUGAUGCCAAAGAAUUAGACGAGGUAGCAGAAAAAUACGGAACUGCAUUGAGAGAUGGAACGAAACAUCUCUUUGAGCGAUUAAAUAUUGUAAAUGUACCAAUAUUAGUCUUUAGUGCUGGCUUGGGUGAUGUAGUUCAAGCUGUACUACGGCAUAAUAGAGUACUCUGGGACAAUGUAAAAAUAGUGUCGAAUUUUCUAAAGUAUAAAGAUGGAAAGUUAGAUGGUUUUGUAUCAGACCGAGUGAUACAUGUGUUUAAUAAAAAUGAACACACAGUCGAAGAGGAUUAUUUUAAUAUAUUAAAAGGAAGGUGUAACGUUGUUGUCAUGGGCGAUUCGAUUGGUGACGCUGCUAUGGCUGAUGGCGUAAAAGAUAUAGAAAAUAUCUUGAAAAUUGGAUUUCUCUACGACCACGCAGAGGAACAUUUACCAACUUACAUGGACUUAUUCGAUAUAGUACUGGUAGAUGAUCAAACGAUGAAUGUACCAUUUGAAAUUUUGAAACCAAUUUUAUAAGAAUAAUUGAGUCAGCAAGAUCUAAGUAGGGAUGACGGUCCUUUGUUUGGACACUGCCCUGAUAUGCUUACUCUUCGACUUUGUCCAAUCCCCUAAGUUAACAUUACUCUCCAGUAAUGCUUUUUUACGCGUUGCUGUUGCCACAGUUAUUUAUCAUAACAACUUGACGUUACCAUUAUUAAUGUAAUUGAUGAUAAAUUAUAAUUUUUCACAAAAAACCUUUUUUAUGAAAUAAAAGUAAGCUAGCGAGAG